GUUCCUGUUUUGUGCACCCUUGAGUUUGUUUUAGCUACCAUGGUUGCUUAUUAUUUUCACCUGUCUCUGAUUGGUGUUCAGGACGCUCCUCUGUUUCCCGAGCACUAAUCAGAGGCAUUAUUUAAGCCUGCCUUUGCCGGUCAAUCGGCCUGGCUUCUUUGUUUGCUACAUGCAACCCGUUACGUGAGUAUUGCUUGUCUCUAGUCUAUGCCAAGUGGUAGCCUUAGCUCCGAGUGCGAUCGGCACGUUGUUCCGUCGGCUUGUUUUCUGUUUUUUGUACUUCUUUGACUUUCGAGAAUAAAUCAUGUUCCUACCUGCACGUCCUGUCCGGAGUAGUUCGUCUGCAUCCCGGGGGAACGGACCCUGCAGUAAGCUGCGACCCCCCCACACGUAACAGUAUGCUUAAAUUUAAAGUUAGUACAAAUACCAGGUGAGGGGAGCAGUGAGCAGCAGCGCUGGCUGCGCCCGGGAAUCAUUUUUGGUGAUUUAACCCCCAAUUCCAACCCUUGAUGCUGAGUGUCAAACAGGGAGGAAAUGGGUCCCAUUUUUAUAGUCUUUGGUAUGACUCGGCCGGGGUUUGAACUCACGACCUACCGAUUUCAGGGCGGACACUCUAACCACUAGGCCACUGAGUAGGGAAUUACUCUAUGUAAUAGUAUGAUUUCACUAGUAAACAUCUCAUGGUGAUCUCCUUUGGCAAUUGGCGCCACUUAACCCCCUUUUGGGGGGUGUUACAUUUAUCUUUGUAACGUUGUGCAAGUGUUUGUGGCGUUUCAGCAUCUUUUGACACGGACUUAUCCCGGAUUUUUGACUUUUACAUUAUCAUUCCAUUCACUUUCACUGAAAUGUUUACAAACGCUUCCCUCCUCGAUCACUGCACAUCUGGUUACUAAACACUUUAUAUGUUUCCAUCCACCGGCUUCAACCAGGCAUUAAAUUGAUCGUUCAUUAGACACAAAUCAUUGAACUUUUACUUACCCAUCUUAUGCAAGUCAUUCGGCUUUGCUGUGGGCUUUCGUGUAGUUUUCCCCGCUGCUAUGCUGACUAAGCUGUCAACACACAGCUGCGCGCGCACAGCAACGGCUGGUGGCGUUCGAUAAAUUCUGACCGGGCAGCACAGUUGGUUCCGCUGUGUAGUUACCUUAUAGCGUCCUCAAAAAUCGAAACAUUUAAAAGCGAGACUGAAGUGGAUGCAUGUUUUAAAUAAAAGUAAAGUCAAUAGAUUUUUAAGACCUCUCAAAAUCGUAUUUAAGAACUUUUAUGAGAUUUUAUGAGAAUUUUAGACAUUUUAAAGCCUUAAAUCUAAAUGAUUGGAUUCAAGACUUUUUUUUUUAGACUUUUUAAGACCCCACGGAUCGGGGCACGCUUUGCCCCUCCUUUCUGCUAUAUACUGACAUUAUUUUUCACAAAUAUAUGCGUGGAAUGAAAGUUGGUUCAGUUGUUUUGUUUACAUAUUAAUAUUUAUUGUGAAAAGUCUCUUUGCCGUGAGGGUUCUCCUGAGUCCGAAAGAUCCUCCGUGAGCCCGGUAGACAGUUUGAAUACAGUCUUUUAUUGAAACACAACAGUCUGGAAUUGCUUUUCAGCAGUCUCUUUUAGGCAGCUCCCAACUCCAACCCCGUGUCUCGUGCCGGCUGCUGCUAAUGAUGGCGACAGGUGAUUAGAUAACAAGGCUCACCUGGGCCAUCCACUCACCUGCCGCUGUCUUCGAGGCCGGUCCUUGCACACCCCGUUCCGCGGCAGGCCCGCAGGCCACGCCCCCCCUCCACAGUUAUAUUUUUCUUAUUGUACAUUUUGACUUUUUUUGUUAUUUUGCAAUAGCGACAGCAAUUGUGUGUAGCAGAACGCAACAAGGGAAUUAUACUAUUUAUACCCCUUUACAUGUUGUGCUUGGAUGUAUGAAAAACCUUUUUGCUGAAUGCAAUAUUUUUCCUGCGUUCUCAUAAUCAACUCGGCAAAUUCACAAAAUGAUUCCAUGUCCAUGACGUUUCAGGUAAAAGUACCGGUAUCAGCGAUACUAACCCUGUAUUUACUCUGUAUCAGAUCGAUUCCAAAAUUCCCAGUAUCGCCCUGUUACACCUUCCCUGCUUGUCGGCUCCCAGACCGUGGUCGAGGAGCGCAGGGGAGACGUCCCUUCCAGGGCCCAUGUAUUGUCCCUCCACUUUACCCCACAGUUCCGCCCCUUGGGUCGUAAUGAAGUGGUCGUUGAUUCGCUACAACUCGGUGUCAUAAUAAUUGUAUCUAAGUUAUAACAAAACUUUGUGUUUCAAUGAGUUCCCGGCGAGCAGACGAAAGCUGUCUUUGAUCUUACCAAUCAAAAGGCUUGUACAACUCCACGGUGUUGGAUGGGAAGCGACAUGAAAGUGUGGGUUUCUUUGAUGUAUUGUAAUCCACAGGAAGAUUUUGUUUUGACCCGAGAUCUACAAAGAGGAGAGGAAGCAGGACCUGACUCUCCCCUCCAGGCUCUUAUUCUUUGAACUGUUUUGUGACCAAAGACAGUGGCUGUUUACGACCCCCUUCCUUUAGAAACAGCUGAUGCCAUGUAAUCAGGGAAAGUCCAAAUAAAAGAGGAGGCGUACAAUCUUUCGUCAGCGCGUGGUGUUUCUCCUCAAUUGAGCUGAAUUGAAUUCUGUCUCUGUUUAAUUCCUUGCUUCUUUUUCUGUUUAAUAGAUGUCAUCAGUGUUUGAACCUGACACUCUGUCACUUUAUUUAAUGUUUUCCACAAAGACACCCUCUCUCUCCACUUGCCCACUCAAGUACUCACGUCACUCAACCCACACACUGCCAUUUUUAAAGGAGCACACACACGCUACUUUCACAACACCCCGCCUUUAGGAGGAAAAACAUCUCAGAGACACCAGUCUUUCUUUAUUUCCUAUCGUAGUUACGGUGAAUCCAAGGAUCUCUAUGCUUGUUUUUUUAGGGUUUUUUUGUGUGCUUGAAAAGGACUUCCUGUAUUGACGAAAUGAACAUCCUGGUUCUGGUGGGGUUUUGUCAUCUGCUGACACACACAGUGAAAGGGGAUAGUGUGAGGACCAUAUUCGUGAAGCAGGGAACGGAUGUGCUCUUCGAAGUGAACGAGGCAGUUGAAUUUACAGCGAUACGGAACGAAUUUAGAUGGCAGUUCAAUUCUAGUUACACCAUAUUGACAUUUGAAAAAGGAGGAAACAAAAUAUAUCCCGCCUACAAGACAAAAAUUAAUGUUCGAGGGAAUUUUUCGUUCCUAUUAAAAAAUGUUCAACUGAAUGACAGUGGACGUUACACUGCACAGCUGGAAGGUGAUGCAGUUAAGACAGAGUACCGCGUUCAAGUGCAAGCUCCAGUGUCGUCUGUCCAGCUCAUGGUGACGUCGAUGUCCGCCAUUAACGACCUGUGUAACAUCAGUGUGAAGUGCACAGAAGGCCACGAGUCCAUUGAAAGCACUUUCGAUUGCGAGGGUGACAACUGCAUCACGCACAACACGACCUCCGCUGUGAAACUCCAGGUCUUCUUCUCCAAUGUCUCCAUCGUCUGCAAUAACAGCAACGACGUGAGCUGGGCCACGACAGCAGUGGAGGUUCCUGACGUGUGCACUCAAAGUAGAGCCACAGCACCUUACAAAAGCCUAUACUGGAUCUGGAUACUUGUCGGUGUUAUUGGUGGACUAGGACUUGGCUGUGCUCUUUACAAGUUUAUUACUUCAAGAAAUCGAAUGGACCCCGCAUCGACCGAAUAUGCAGACAUGCGCAAAAGCUCCCAUGAAACUAUUUCGAAUGCUAAUCACCUCAAUGAUGGUGACCUGGAUCUUUCUGCAAACGGCACAUAUGCCCUGGUAGGGUUUCCAACGGCUCCGCUGGAACCCCUUACGGCUGACAACACCUCACCAAAGUCUAUCUAUGCUCAAGUCAUGAAAGCAAUCUGAAGGAAAAGACCUGCUGUCUGCUCUGCUCGUAAAUACAUCUGCUGGGUCAAAAGUAUACAUACAGCAAUGUUAAUAUUUGCUUACAUGUCCCUUGGCAAGUUUCACUGCAAUAAGGCACUUUUGGCAGCCAUCCACAAGCUUCUGGCAAGCUUCUGGUUGAAUUUUUGACCAAAAAAUUAGAAGGGAUCCCUUGAUUGCGACAAAAUUGUUUUGACGACACUUACAUUGUUUUUUGUCUUCUUCUGUUGAUUUGGGUCACUCACAGACAAGGAUCCUGAAAAGACACAAUUCACCCUAAGUCCAAACAAAUUGAAUAGGGAAUUGAGAACAUAGUUUUCCACUCGUUGUUUAAAUUCCUAUUUUUGAUUUUCAAACACAUUAUUAAACUCAUAUAAUGGAUAAUGUAUAGCGGACAGUGUUGGGACUUACGCCUUACAAAGUAACGCCGUUAGUUUCGGCGGUAACUAGUAGUCUAAUGCGUUAUUUUUUAUAUUCAGUAACUCAGUUACCGUUACUGCAUGAUGCGUUACUGAGUUUUUUUUUGUUUUUGUUUUUGUUUUGUUUUUUUUGUUUUUUUUGUGUCCUGUCCAGCUUCUCAGGCAAAUCAUAUAGUUGAUGUAGAUGCCCAUGUCGGCUGUUCAGAUUUACUUUACAAAAGAGAAGUGUAGGAUACUUCUCUUGUUGCCUUAUUUGUAUUUGACUUUAUUAAAUGUAUUUAUAUUAUCAUUUAGUGCAGCCGGGCCGGAGCAGGAGGGGAUAGAAAGAGAAAAAAAAGAAGA